UGAAUACAUUUGCAUAUGCCUUCCUGGGACCAGAGUUCGCCAUCACGGGCCCGUCUUGUAGAAUACUUUUUAGGCAACUGGGCCACCGUAGUUACUUUGCCGACGGAAAGUGGUGAACGUGUGGUAUCUAGCUAGCUAACUACUUGAACAGGUCAGCAGAUGGCAUCAGCAAUGAUCUCCGUCCACACCACAGCUUCUCGCUUUGCCCUGCUUCAGGUUGACUCUGAUUCGGACUCCGAUUUGGAGUCAGGAAAGACCAGAGGUGGCCGGGACUCUGGAAAGGGUCGGCCUGGGAAGGCAACCGAGGGGAAAUCCACCGCGAGCAAUGGCAAGAAGGAGAAGAGGAAGAAGAAGCGAGAGCAGCAACAGAGCGAGGCCAAUGAGUUAAGGAGUCUUGCCUUUAAGAAGCUCCCUCAGAAGUCCUCUGCCCCGCCCCCCUCCCUGUCUCUGCAGGGUGUGGCCAAUGAGCUACUCCAUCCCGCAGCAGGGGACCAAUCCAUGCCCCCGGAAGGCUGGCAGCAAUGGAAACAGAGAGACUACCAGUUAACGAGUGAGCUGUAUGAGGCAGACCUGGAGAAGGCACUGAUUAUGAGUAAACUGGAGUUUGAGGAGCACAAACAGGAUGAUGACGGAACAGAUACUCCCUCUCCCAAGUCCAGAGGAGGAGGAGGAGGAGCAGCGGCAGGGAAGAAAGAUAAGAAGAAGAGCCAGCAGGGAAAAGACAAGAAGAUGACAGUGUCUCUGAAGGAUUUCCAGGCAGAGGGGGAUCAGCUUAGUAAGAAGCAGGAGAAAGAGGAGACCAAACUGCCCACACCUCCAGAAGACAAGUUCUUCAACAAGCUUGAGGAUGACGUUAGCAAAAUCGUACAGCAGGAAAAAAGACGGGAGCAGUUUUCUAACAGCACUGACGCCGAGGUCACGACUUCAACAGAGCAUGAACCGGACCCCCGAACUGAGCAGCUAAAGGACGACUUGGAGAAGAAAGACCAAGAAAUCGAGAAGUUAAAGAAGGUCAUUUCACAAUGGGAGGUGAAGUACAAAGAAGUGAAAGCCAGAAACUCCCAGCUCCUGAAGAUGUUGCAGCAGGGAGAGAUGAAAGAUAAAGCAGAGAUCCUAUUGCAGGUGGAAGAGCUUCUAAAUAUCAAAGAGGAGCUGUCUUCACAGGUGACAUCACUACAUGGCUCACUUGAACAGGAGAAGUCGAAAGUGAAAGGUUUGCAAACAGAUCAGCCAAAACACCAUCAGGGAAACAGGAAGGGGAAAAAGGGUUCAGAGUCUGAUCUAUGAAGACUGCAGAGGGAAGAACAUUGACUGCAAAAUACAACGAAGCAAAGCACUCCUAUUCUUCAGGGUCUAUUUGUUUGUAUGGUUACUCUCUACUCUCUGUCUUCAUGCACUACGCAUGCCUUGUAUACCACAUACACCAACUCCUGGAUGUGCCGCACUGCAGAAGUUAUUAAAAGGCUUGUAAAUGAAGGCUGUAUUUUUUUUCUUUUGACUGACAUUGCAGCUACUCUUUUUGUUCUGGUCUGCUCCCCGCCUUCUCUUGGGGUGAUGCCAAAUGACAGGUGUGAUUUUUAUUUUUUUUCACUGCAAGUUAAAUAAACUACUUUUUCAGUGUAAAA